AUGGAAUUCUAUGGCAGGAAAACUGGUCAUUGUAUUAUGGAUAACGAAAGCAAUCCAACUCAAUCGCCUCCUAGGCUUUCGAUUCGAACUCACCUAAAUAUGUAUGACCAAGACCUCCAGUCCAGCCCCGGAAGACCUUCGAGUCCCCAAAUGAGUGCUGCUGCUAUGGAUUCAUUGUUGCCACCUGGUAGCCCUGAAACAUCAUGGACACUCUCUCCUCUUCAAACUCCAUCGCCUUCUCUCCUCUACCACUGCAUCGCUUCUCUUCAUCGAGAGGACGGUAAUAUCCAUUCUAUCGCAAUCUCAAAAGGAUUGGUUUUCACCGGUUCUGACAGCAAACGUAUUCGUGUAUGGAGGCAGUCUGACUGCACCGAGCGGGGUUGUAUCAAGACAAGUUCCGGUGAAAUCCGAGCUAUUUUGGCUUUUGGUAACAAGCUUUUCACCGCACAUAGAGACUGCAAGAUCAGGAUAUGGAAUUACACGGUUUCAGAUAAUUUCGGGUUCAAAAAGAUCACAACACUCCCUAAGAGAAGCUCAUUUCUUUUGUUCCCAACGACAAGCAGCCAACAACAUAAAGACUGUGUUUCUUGCAUGGCUUAUUACCAUGCCGAAGGGCUGUUGUACACUGGCUCAUAUGAUAGAACAGUUAAGGCAUGGCGGCUCCAAGAUAACAAAUGUGUGGACACAUUCGUGGUUCAUGAAAGCAAGGUCAAUGCCAUAGUGGUUAACCAAGAUGAUGGGUGCGUUUUCACUUGUUCCUCUGAUGGAUCUGUGAAGAUAUGGAGGAGGUUAUAUAGAGAAAACUCCCACACUCUAACCAUGACACUGAGAUUUCAACAAUCACCGGUAAACGCCAUGGCAAUAAGCUCGACAUCUAACAACUGUUUUCUCUAUUCGGGUUCGUCCGAUGGCACCGUAAACUUCUGGGAGAAAGAAAGAAUGUCCGGUAGGUUCAACCACGGCGGGUUCUUACAGGGUCAUCGGUUUUCGGUUCUUUGCUUAGUGGCUAUCGAGAAGUUGAUAUUUAGCGGAUCAGAGGAUACAACGAUUAGGGUGUGGAGAAGAGAGGAAGGGAGCUGUUUCCAUGAAUGUUUGGCAGUGCUUGAUGGUCAUAGAGGGCCUGUUAGAUGCUUAACUGCUUGUUUACAAAUGGAGAAAAUUGUGAUGGGAUUUUUGGUUUACAGCGCUAGCUUGGAUCAAACAUUCAAGGUAUGGAGGGUCAAGGUCAUGCCCGAAGAGAAAACCUGUUUCGAUUUAGCAGAUCGAAACAAUUUGAAGAAGAAGACAACGGCGGAAUACGACAUGAGCCCCGUGUUGUCUCCUUCGUGGGUUGAGAAGAAGCUUCAAGCUAAUCAUUUCCAGUAAAAUUUAAGACAAUGUUUAUGUUGGUAGUUCAGUUAUGUUUUUCUUAUAUUAGUUCCAUUUGGUAGUUCUUAUUCUGAA